AUGGCUUAUGUCUCUGUCUCCCAAGCGGACCAAGAUGCUUUCGAUCGCGAAGGAACCUCGAUUCAACCUGCUCUUCCCGAAACAUCCAGUCCUUCAUUAUCGCCGGCCGACGAUGUCGUCUCCGGAGAUGCCGACCAGUCUGCAGCAUUCCAGGCUGGACCUCCCUCGGUAGGCGUAGCAUCUCUCAUCAAAUCUCUCAACACAACUCCGUCAUAUGAGAUCGUGGAGAGCGAUGACUACGAGGAACCGAUGCAGACGCCCCGGGGGCUUGAGGUCAAAAAGAGGGACUCUGCUUCACAAAAGGACGAUACCAUAACACUACAGUCAGAAGAGCCGCCAAUGAGAACUGCAUCUAUCAGUCGACAUCUCCCCCUGAACCACCCUACCCCGGACAUGCACGCGCUGCAAGGGGCUAUGGUCAAGAAUGUGGAGCGAUUAGAAGAGAGCGCUGAGCGUCUGAGCAUGACAUCAAGCCUGGAAGAUGAACUGAAUAAGAUGCGACAAGACCAGAAACGUCUGGAACGCCAGUCAUCCGCACCGGCGAGCUUGAACAAUGCUCUUGGCCCAUCUCUUCAGAGACAAAUUUCAGCUGGCUCUUGGUCCAACUCAAUCAUCGGCGUAAACCAGGCAGCCAGGUUUGGAGGAUACUCACCCUCAGGGUACAUUACAUCUCCGACGGGGUCAAUCCGAUCUGGACCGUGGUCUCAUCAACAGCACCUUGAGAGACACUCUUCGAAAGGCAGUGGCCGCAAGCCAUCAUUGCCGGAGCCCCUGUUGGAGGGACGCCCUCUUGAAUUCACUUCCGACCUUGAUGCAUCCGCUGCCGUUCUGUCGAUGCAUGGAGCAGCGAUAGCCUCGCACACACCCACCAGCGACAUCGCAAACGAUGAAAGGCCAGCUACAUCCGCCUCAAAUGAUACAUACCGUCAAGCGCAAUCCGCGUUCCACGAUUUUGAUGGUGUCCAUUACGGCUCAGGCGUGUCCCAGGAGCCCCUGGGAUCUAUGUCGCGCCAGAUCUCUCUUACACAUCCACCCCGAGCAAGAGAUUCUAAGGCUUUCAGAGAGGCACAGCCUGGAGAGCAGAUGAUCUACUACCCGGCCCCGGUACCUGUCAUGCUGAACCUGCCCCAGCGGCUGUCCAAGCCUAAUCUGUCUGAGCGAGAAAAACGUCGACUUCAAGCACUUAGCGGCAUUCCAGAUCAAAUGCGCAACUCAGCUGCAUGGCUUUCCAAUUCGAAUGGCCCCAACGCCCAGGGGGAAAGGACACCACUGAAUCUUCCCCCGCAGCUUCGCGCGAGCGCCUUUUUCGAGUAUCCAAGCGUCACUGAGGACCUGAAGUUGAAGAAUGGUUCAGCGGUGCAGACACUCGACAGCAUCUUGGAUGCCGCUGCCUAUGCUCCGGUAAGCGCAUUCACAGACCAUCCAAUUGCAGGACAGCUCGGAAACGAAGUAUAUGGUCCAGAUGAUUCGCCGCGAAAAAGCAGGCAACCGUUAGACGAAAAGGGAAAGAAACGCCGCACUUCUUUGAGCAGGAUGCUGCGAACCAGACGGUCAAGUACUGGCCUCUCUGGAUCCGGGCUCCGCCGGGUAAAGUCCAGGGGCUCUAAAGUCGUGUCAGGCGGUGAUGAAUAUGUCAGUGGAGAUGAGCUGGACGAAGCAGCGGCAGAGUCUAUCGCCUCAGAUGAUGAGCCUGGACAGAACGAAGUCAAAGAGGAUGCCCCUAGCGGAUUCUCUGCUGCACCUACAACCUUACUCGCCGAAUUACAGAUGCGCAAAGAACAGCAGAAACAGCGCAAUCGCACUGCUGCAGACGCAUUUCCUAAUGGAAUGCGUUCAACCUUGCUUGAGCUCGAUGCCGUGGCUCAACUUCAGCAGAAAUCUCGAAAGACAAAGCACGUUACGUUGGCCUGGGAGGAUCAUGAGCAAGCAGACAAGCAGAAUUUCGAUGAUGAGGAUGUGCCCCUUGGCCUCCUUUUCCCUGAGAAGGACCGGGCCACUCACGUCAACGUCCAUCGCCCUAUUGGCUUGCUAGAAAGGCGAGAGAUGGAAGACAACGAGCCACUAAGCCACCGACGCGCAAGACUCCGAGGCGAGCCAUUGGAGUCAGUGAAGUCGGAGACCAGAAGCCAUAUCGAUGAGACUACUCGCGCUCCUUUCAUCGACGAUGUUCCUGGGCUCUCUGGGGGAGAGGUCCCUGAUAUUGAUGAGGAGACCUUGGCCCAGCGCGUCGCAAGACUGAGGCUGGAGAAGGAAAAGGGCACAGGAGGACAGUUUGCAGAAGAGGUGGCAAGUCAAUUAGGCCUCAGUAUUGAGCCUAGCGCCAUUCAAACUUCGAAAACGCCAGAUGUUGAGGAGACUUUGGCGCAGAGGCGGAAGAGGCUGAAAGAGGAAGCUCUGCGUGCUGAUGGCCAGUCUGGUGUCCGGCCUAGACUCGGAUCUAUGCACAGCAUGGCUGGUAUACUGCAAGCUCAUCCUGUUGUGGCCAGGUCAAGAGAGGUUUCUGCGGAAUCAAAAGCGUCAGACCGGCUCAUGUCUCGUGCACAAGCGCCCUUGGUGCAGUUCGGCCGCGACUCGAACUUGCCGCCCGCCUACUUCAACCCACAUUAUGCUUUCCCCGGGGCAGUCAACUGGGGCUAUGCCCAGCAGACUGGUGUUUUUGCGAACGGCGCAUUUGGAAACGGCUAUAUGAACGGCGCAUUCAACGGGGCCCCAAUCCCGAUGCAGAUGCAACAAGCCAUGAAUUUCUACCCUUAUGGCCAUGGCAACCAGCCGUUUAUACAGGACCCCAUGAUGGGUCCGCCUCUUGACCCAAAACAAAGAGCGCAGAUCGACCGAUGGCGACAAAGCAUUGCUUAA